AUGGAUUUCAGUUCAUAUCUGAUGAUUUUAACAGUAGGAAAACACAUCUUCUCUCAGAACGGUCUGAAAAGGUUCUAUACAACAGCCAUAAAAAUGUCUACUGGAGAGAAUGUUGGUGUCCCACUGCAGAAAGUGACUGCAGUUCUGGAAAAUUUUGCAUCAAAGCAACUGUCCGAAAGUUGGGACAACACUGGUCUAUUGGUGCAGCCAUAUACUCCCAGGAACAUAUCAAAGGUCCUGUUGACAAAUGACCUCACAGAAGAUGUAGCUUUGGAGGCCAGUAAUCAUGGGUGUGAAAUGAUCAUUUCUUACCAUCCUCCUAUAUUUGCACCAAUGAAGUCAGUAGUUCAGAGUACUUGGAAAGAACGAAUUGUCUCAUUUCUCUUGGAGAAAAGGAUAAGUUUGUACUCUCCUCAUACUAGCUGGGACAGCGUCAAUGGCGGAGUGAAUGACUGGCUGGCCAGUGCGUUUCAUGUUGAGGCAUCUAAGCCGUUAAUCCCUGGGACUGACCCUCAAGUUGGAGCAGGAAGGUUGCUGCAACUUAAAUCGAAUAUUUCUUUGACGGACGCGGUUUCAAAAGUAAAGCAAUUGACUGGAUUAUCGCAUGUGCGGUUUGCUCUGGGGAAGGGGAAAAAUAUGUCGAGUGAAAUUCAAACUGUAGCGCUGUGCGCUGGUUCCGGCAGCUCAGUUCUGAAAGGAGUUCAGGCUGGUUUGUACUUAACAGGGGAAAUGCUCCACCAUGACGUAUUAGAUGCUGCACAGAAAGGAAUUAGUGUCAUCCUAACCAACCACUCUGAUUCCGAGAGAGGCUUCUUAAAGGGUUUUUCUAUAAACCUUCAAAAUUUGUUGAACAAUGAGGUACAAGUGUUUGUUAGUCAAGUAGAUAGAGAUCCUCUUGUUACAUUAUAA